CCGUUGACCUCUUACGUCACUUCCUCGUUAGCCUUUAGCUUCUAGAGAACACCGGGCCCACCGGGAAGCGGUUCGUUCUCCGGUGAUAAGAACCAGUUAGCACUGGAUACAGUGACACGGUAGUGUGGUUAGGCGGAACAUCAUGGAAGAACAAACGUCUGACCUAGAAGUGACAGUGAAAACACUAGACUCCCAGAGCAGAACCUACACUGUUGGUUCUCAGCUGACAGUGAAAGAGUUUAAGGACCACAUUGCCUCUUCAGUGGGCAUUCCUGUGGAUAAACAACGGCUCAUCUACCAGGGCAGAGUGCUGCAGGAUGAACGUACGCUGGCAGACUACAAUGUGGGUGGAAAGGUGAUCCACCUGGUGGAACGGGCCCCCCCUCCACCCUCCCAGGGCGGUUCGGGAUCCGGAGGAACCUCAGCAGACAGCGGGCCAUCCUCGUCCUCCCAGGGAACGCCCCAAGUGCCGCACGAUCGCAACGCUAACAGCUAUGUUAUGCUUGGAACCUUCAAUCUUCCCGUUAACAUCAUGGACCCCCAGCAGAUACAGCAGAUGACGGUCCAGCAGAUGGUGUCGGGAAUGGGAGAGAACGCCCGAAAUGCCAGAGUCACAACCAGCAACGGGAGCAACGGGUCCGUAAAUGUGCACAUUGAUAUGGACCAGCCGGUUCAGAGUGAGCCCAGACUGAGGCUGGUGUUGGCUGAGAACCUGCUCCGAGAUAUCCAGGAUGUCAUCAACAGGAUGGAGGGUCGAACGACUGAGUCAUCCUCCCAAACUGAAACAACACCUGCUGCUGCUGCUGCUCCCCCGCCUCCCUCGUCUUCAUCUACCACCUCCACUCCUUCUCCCUCAGCCCAGCCCAUGGACACCUCCCCACCUCCAACUACUCCCCCACCUCCACCGUCCUCCUCUGCACAGUCUGAGGGACCAACCCCACAGCCGGGACCAAGUCACCCCAGCCCAGCUGAGCUGGCAGAGAUGCUCUCUGAGCUGCGGAGGGUGGAGGAGAGGCUGCAGCCGUUCAUGCAGAGAGCUCACAGCAUCCUGGAGACAGCCACCACCGCAGAAUACAACAACAAUACAGAGAGAGAGGAGGACCAGAGAACUCUGGUUCAGAUCUGUGAGUGUCUUCGUUUACUCGGGAAUGCACUUGUUGCACUGAGCGACCUGCGGCUGAACCUGAUGAGCCCUGUUCCCCGCCACCUCCAUGUUGUCCGCCCGUUCUCUCACUACACCAGCCCCGUCAAUCUUCCUGGAGCCGUGCAUCAUCACAUCCCAGUGCAAAUGAACCUGGGUGCCACAGUGGCUGUUGCUGCUAACAGCACUGAGGGACAAGCUCCGCCCAGCCAGCCGAUCAGCCAGCCAGAGCAGGCAGGUCAGGGACAGACCUCCCCCUCACAGACUACCCCGUCCAAUCAGCAGGCUGGACAGGGACAGGGUGGCCCCCGGGUCAUCAGGAUCAGCCACCAGGCAGUCCCGGUGGUUAUGAUGCAGAUGAACACGGACGGCCCAGGAUCGAACUCUGCAGCAGGUGGACAGCAAAUACCCGGCCAACCAGGUGCCCUCCCACCUGACUUCAUGCGAAACCUCAUGCAGCAGAUCAGCCAGUAUGCAGCUGCUGUAGCUACCAGCGCUGCUACUGCUGCAGCCACUGGCCAACCAGUCCCUCCACAGCCCACUCCUCCCAGCUCCACACCCACCUCCUCAGCCACAACCACAGGGCCCAACACUCCUACCACCACCCCUACGGCACCCCCUCCAGCCUCCCAUGCUGGACCCCAACAACCCCAGGCCAGGGUUGUGUUCUCUCGGCCCCCCUUUGCUGCCAGCAUGCCCCCUCCGGCCUUCGGGACUCGAGGAACCACCAUCAACGUGAGAGCUGCAAUGCCGGGCCAGCAGCCAGGACAGGCUUUCAACCCUGCUGCUCUCAACCAGAUGAUCAGUGGACUGGUUGGGCAACUUUUGAUGCCGGGACAAAUGGCGGGCCAAACCAUCACAUCCUCUUCCUCCUCCACAACCACCUCUUCCUCCUCCUCUUCCUUUUCCUUUUCCACCUCAGGUCCAAGUCCACCGUCCACUGCAAACACUACUUCCACUCAGAACCAAGCAGAGGCCGAUACCGGUGAACCUCAACCCCAAGACCUGGCCCCAGACCUCGGCCAGCUCCUCGGGUCUCUUCUGGGUGUAGCCGGUGUUCCUGGUGCUGGUUCUGCUGGGACCCCCUCAAUAACCGUUACUACAUCUGGUGUCCCAGCUUUCAUCCAGGGAGUGACGGAGUUCAUGCAACAGGCCUCCCAGCCCAUCUUCUCCCCUCCACCACCGACCUCUGGUACCACUCAGGCUCCUGCAGGACCCAACCCAGCAGCAAACCCUGCUGCAGCUGCAGCAGAAUCCCUCAACCCAGAGCUGUUCACGGGCAUCGUACGUGGCGUCCUGAGCACCAUGAUGGGCUCUCUGGGCCAAGCUCAGAAUGACACGGAGAGCAUCGCUCAGUUCAUGCAGCGGCUGUCUCAGGCCACCAACAUCUUCAUCAGUCCUGAGGACCCUACAGGGUUCUUUGGAGAGCUACUGAUGUUGGUGUGUCAGACGUUCACCAUGUCUGACCUGGUGAUGCUGCUCCACGGCCAACACCAACCUCUGAGCCGCAUCCAGCCUCAGCUGUCCCAGUUCUUCACCCAGAACUACCUCAAUGGCAGAGAGCCCACUGAUGAGAACAUUGCUACUGCUGCUGAAUCUCUUGUCAACGAACUAGAGGAGUACAUCACAGAGAGUUUUAGAGAGUCUUCAGUCACGGUGCUGGAAGGUGUUGACAUCACUCAGACCAACAUGUCCUUCUUCAGGCAGCAGCUGAUGCAGAUCGCCACACACAUCCUGCGCUGCACAGACGACACAUUCGGGCCCAGACUGCUGCAGAUGUGCAACCAGGCGCUGUUUGAGUGUCUCGCCCUCAACCUGCACUGCCUGAGAGGAGACCAGAGAGCUCUAACAGCUGUCAUCAACCACAGAAUAAAAAACCAUCUGCUGCUCUUCCAGCGUCGGAUGUCAAGCGACAUCAGCCCCAGUUUGGUGAACUGGAUGACCAGUAUGAUGACGAUGAGGCUGCAGGUCAUUCUGGAGAACAUCCCCGUGUCACAGGAGCAGGUCCAGAACUACAUCGUUUACACACAGAGAGACCCGAGUUCUGCGAGCGGCACUCAGGAGGCUCAAAGCGCGACGAUCGAAGACACUCUCUCACCUGCUGCAGCCACCACAGCAGAGGAAGCCAUGUCUGGGUCCCAUGAAACCCCCACUGCGUCGUCAAGGGAGACGAGAGCGUUGCCUGGAGAUCUGGGAGCUUCAGGCGGAGCUGCACCAUUAGGGGGCGACGUGGCGGCAGCAGGAGCUGAGGGGGGCAGCGAGGAGUCGUGGGCUGCUGCUGUCCCUCCUGAAUGGGUUCCCAUCAUCAGGUGUGACAUGAUGACUCAGAGGAAGAUGAAGGCUCAGCCACCGUUAUCUGAUGCCUACUUACACGGCAUGCCAGCAAAACGCAGGAAGACGGGCCAAGGCAGCGGCAGCCUCCUCUCCCUCUCCGAUGCUGUUAGUCAGGCAGCCAGGAACGCAGGAGUGAGGCCAAUCACCUCCCCCGAGCAGCUUCAGUCAGACCUGGAGACGCAGGAGGUGAAGGAGGCUUACUCAGAACAGGUCAAAGCAGACGUAAAGAAGCGAGUGAGGGAAGACCCAGACUUCAACUCGCAGCAGUUCCCCAACGCACACAGAGCUUUCUCCCCAGACUCCUAACCGCCUUCAUGCAGAGCAUUAAAGCCGUUCGUGUGCAUUUCUUUUUCAUUUCUGUGGAUCAGCCCAAAUAUCAGUCAGCAGCUGUAGCUUUAAACCCCAAAGAGCUGCUGGUCUUUGUGAGGUGCUGUCAGGAGGAACUUUGGAUUUCUGAUGUUUUCAGUCAUCGGGUCAGCUUCCACCUUCAGAAGCUUUUCGGCCAACAGAGAAGCAAGUUGCUCCUUUAAUAUGGGGUUUUAACAAACAAACCGGAAGUUGGUUCAAAGUCUAAAAAUCUCCAAAGGAUCCAAAGAAAGAAUCAUGAUGAACUGACCCUUGUCAGUAUUCACAUCUUCAGCCUGUAUGCAAAAGCUCGCAGACUUUGGAUCUGCAGAUGCAGCAUAUUUAUUCUCUGUUGGUCCAAAAGCAUCUGGAGUGAGCGCUGGCCAAAGCACAAGAGGCAAGUGUCAGUAUUUAAUUCAGGAAAUCUGAUGGGAAACUUUCAUCUGCUGUAUUUUCAGAUUCAUUUAAGCUGGUUUAAAAACUAGUGAUCAUAUUAAACUCAGUGGGAAAGAUGUUAAACAGGAAGAGAAACACCGGCUUUCCUGAAACUUGGAAAGUUACCAUUUAUCGCCCCCUAGUGGUGAAACAGUAUAUGGCAUAAUUUGACAACUGAUUAUUAGAGAAGAAAUCUGAACGUGGAAAAAAUGAGUUCACCAAACUUCUGAACACGUAUAGGAACAAGGAAUUCAUGCAUGACCGUUCCUGGUUGUUUUUGUUUUAACUCUGGGUUAUGUUUCAUAUCGAUGUCUAAAACUCGACAAGAUGAAAAUCCUCAGUUCAUCCUAAGGAAUAAAAUGAUGAAUCAACCAAGUUCAGUCCAGUAUGGAUUCUGUCCAACACGUCGACUAAAGAAUGUAACUAACAGGGAGUUAUUCUGCCAUGAUUAAUGAUCGAUGAUGAUUUUUUUCCAAACCUCCACUAACAAACCAGAAACAAAAACCUCAGAGAAUCCUCCAGAAUCUGUUUUUCUGGAUAACUAACACAACUUCUCCCCUUCUUCUAUGUAUUGCUUUGAGCUCCAACUUUAGCAGAGAAAACGACCCUCAAUAAAAACAUUUGAACACAUUUAUUAGUCCUUUCAGUUUGAAUCCUGGAGCUGCUUUGUUUCUGUUAGGGACCCGAAUUAUCAUCUUAUAUCUGAUUUGUUUUUUCUUAAUGUGCUCGAACACGGAGGACUUUCAUGUGAUGCUGUUUGGUACAUGAAUGUACAGGAAACCUAAUAAAAACCUUCAUUUAAAUACA